AUGGCGUCGUGCUACAAAAGUAUAGAUGGUAGGCGGCACUUUCGGAGGAAACAGAGAAGUACGUUGGUGUUUUUUUCCAGAAAAUCUUCCUCAAAUCAAGUUGGACAUUGACGAGCUCAUCAUCAAAUGCUUGUCCGUCGGCCAUCCCGACAAGAGCUUCACGAAAACUGUCAAGGAGCAAGAGCUCAUUUUGUUGUGCAGUCUCGCCAAGACAAGCUUCCUGGAGCAACCUGUGAUGCUCGAGGUGGAGGCGCCGAUCAAGGUGUGCGGGGAUGUGCACGGACAGUACUCGGGUGAGCACAUCCUCGAGUUUGCUAAUCACUCAAAAACCUAUUCAGAUGUGAUCCGUCUGUUCAACAUCGCCCGUUUUCCGCCGCACUCCAACUACAUCUUCCUCGGCGACUACGUGGAUCGCGGCCGUCAGAACCUCGAGGUCAUCACGCUGUUCUUCUGCUACAAAAUCAAGUUCCACGAUCGGUUCUUCUUGCUGCGCGGCAACCACGAGUGCCCGGCCGUCAACCGAGUCUACGGCUUCUUCGAGGAGUGCAACAAGAGAUACGCGAGCACCCGACUGUGGCUCGCCUUCCAGGAGGCGUUCUCGGCGAUGCCGUUUACCGGCGUCAUCGCGGGACGCAUUCUGUGUAUGCACGGAGGACUCUCCCCUAAACUGACGAGUCUCGAUGUGCUCCGAGAGCUGCCCCGUCCCAUGGACCCGCCCAGUCCGUCCCUACACAUCGACCUUCUCUGGAGUGAUCCCGAUGAUUCCAUUUCCGAUUGGGCGCCGAACAUUCGUGGCGUUUCCUACAUUUUCGGUCCAAACGUCGUCAAGUCAACAGUCGAAGCACUGGGGAUCGAUAUGAUUGCGCGUGCUCAUCAAGUCGUUCAGGACGGAUAUCAGUUCUUCGCCGACAAAAGACUCGUCACAAUAUUCUCGGCGCCUCACUACUGCGGACAAUUCGACAACGCGGCGGCGAUCAUGAACGUGGAUGACAACCUGAUCUGCUCAUUCCACGUAAUCCGUCCGACUCAUCGAAAACUGAAAGCUCCGUCUGUUAAUUGAACUUUAUUACAUAAUUUUAUAAUCAUUUUAUUCAACAGACAACAGUUUGGAUUUGGAUUAAGUCCUUCAAAAAGGCCGUUGGGUUCGGAGGGUUUUGAUUGAAAACAUUGCGAAGUAGAACAGUUAGUUGCGAUCUCCGCGGAUGCGUCUGGUCAAUCUGACCUAAUCACAUGAACCGGUAAUCAGUGAUAAUGAUGUUGAACUCAGUAUCGUAUGUCCACCCCGACUGAUAACAACUUACGCAUCGCCCCCGCAUUGUCUGUUUUUCCGCUUUCCGACUGAUGAAAAUGCUCGUGAACUGUGCUCAUUAUCGGGAGAAUCCCGGUGCUCCGCCUUUCUGAAAACGUCAUCGGCCUGAUCGGCAUCAGAAUUGAAUGGAGUAUAAAAGGAUGAGGGCAGGAGGAGAGAGUAUCGUUCAUUUGCACAAUGAAACAUAUUCUUCUCAUCCUUCUUAUUGCUGGCGCUGUUCUGGCAGCUCCACAGCCCGCUUCUAGAAGACCUCCACCGCCACCACCCAAUGGAUCCGGAUCCCCGCCGCCACUGCCCUCCGAGGAACCACAAGAGGUGAGUAUUACUGCUUCCAAGUGUUUUCCUAUCGAAUCUCUUUCCAGUUGAUCGCCGAAAACGCCUCUCGUCGUCCUCCGCCACCGCCAAAAGGAACUGGAACUCCGCCGCCACCGCCUUCCGAGGAACCGCUCGAGCUCUCCGCCGGAAAAGCCUCUCGCCCACCACAUCCACGUGGCACCGGAACCCCUCCGCCACCGCCUUCCGAGGAACCGCUUGAGCUCUCCGCCGGAAAAGCCUCUCGCCCACCACAUCCACGUGGCACCGGAACCCCUCCGCCACCGCCUUCCGAGGAACCGCUUGAGCUCUCCGCCGGAAAAGCCUCUCGCCCACCACAUCCACGUGGCACCGGAACCCCUCCGCCACCGCCUUCCGAGGAACCGCUUGAGCUCUCCGCCGGAAAAGCCUCUCGCCCACCACAUCCACGUGGCACCGGAACCCCUCCGCCACCGCCUUCCGAGGAACCGCUUGAGCUCUCCGCCGGAAAAGCCUCUCGUCGUCCUCCGCCACCGCCAAAAGGAACUGGAACUCCGCCGCCACCGCCUUCCGAGGAACCGCUUGAGCUCUCCGCCGGAAAAGCCUCUCGUCGUCCUCCGCCACCGCCAAAAGGAACUGGAACUCCGCCGCCACCACCUUCCGAGGAACCGCUUGAGCUCUCCGCCGGAAAAGCCUCUCGUCGUCCUCCGCCACCGCCAAAAGGAACUGGAACUCCGCCGCCACCACCUUCCGAGGAACCGCUUGAGCUCUCCGCCGGAAAAGCCUCUCGCCCACCACAUCCACGUGGCACCGGAACCCCGCCGCCACCGCCUUCCGAGGAACCGCUUGAGCUCUCCGCCGGAAAAGCCUCUCGUCGUCCUCCGCCACCGCCAAAAGGAACUGGAACUCCACCACCGCCGCCGACUGGAGAGCCACAACAGCUUUGA